AUGGUCAAAUAUCUGUUCAAGACGCGGUCUGAGUGGCCUGUGACUUUUUUCGACUUUGAUCCGUGGGUGUCCUGUGUCAACCAGUAUAAGCUGCACUCUGUCAAGACAUCCAUCAAGGAUCUGUCGUACGGCAAGGAGAAUAUAUCCAUAGAGUGUGUGAACUAUGUAGAUACCACUUACCCGGAUUUUGUGUAUUACCAGACUGAAAGGAGGGCCAUGGAAAAUGUUAACCUGAAUCUAGACCCUGAGUUCCUUUCUGGAUGUGACUGUACAGAUAACUGCCAGGUAAGAGUCACAAAAGUUUUAUUUUAUUUGAAAAAAUGUAUUUAUUUGAAGUUUUGUCUCAUGUAGU